UGACAAAUCAAAAUAGAGGUUAUGUUCGUUUACGCAGCAGUUAUGUGGACGUUAGAAACAUAUUUUUUCAACUAGUUUACUUGUUUAUUAAUUGGCUUGCUUAAAUUGUUAUGUGUAAUUAAUAUGACGUAUUUAAAGUCAUGGGAAGAAUUCGAAAAGGCUGCAGAGAGACUCUAUUUACAGUCGCCAGAUAAAGUUCGUUACAGUAUGAAAUAUGUUCAUUCCAAGAACGUUCUAGUUUUAAAAAUGACAGACAACGUAGUUUGUCUGCAAUUCAAAACUGAAAUUGCCCAAGAUGUUAGAAAGAUUGAUAAGUUUGUCAACAACUUAAUGAGGCAUAUGGUUUCAAAAGAACAUUAAAUAUUUCUCUUUUGCAUUUGUAUGUUUACUGUAUAAGUUUAAAAGUCUAUCUCUGAAAAUGUAUAAUAUAAAAUGUGAUACAAGUGUGGUGGAACAGAGUUAAGUGCAAUAGAUAUAUGUUACACAUAACUCCUUGUAACUUUCAACAAUAUACAGAAUAAUGACACAGUUCAUUACCAUAUUAUUUUAUAAUUACAUAUUUAGUUGUAUUUGUAUAAGCCAAUAUGAAAUGUUGGUUUUUUUUGUAUGAAUCAUUAUUUCUGCAAUGAUAGAGAAUAAAAAAAUCACUUACCCAACAA